AUGGCGGGUGGUAUUAAAUUCACGAAGAUUGACUUACAACAGGCGUACUUACAAUUGGGAAUACAGGAAGCAGACCGCGAUUUGCUUACAUUAAAUACUCAUAAAGGCCUUUUUAGAUGUACAAGACUUAUGUUUGGUGUAGCUUCGGCACCAGCAAUAUGGCAACGUGUAAUGGAAAAUUUACUGCAGGACAUUCCGGGGGUAUCGGUUUUCCUCGACGAUAUCAGGGUUACGGGACCUGACGAUGAAACUCACUUACAUCGUGUUGAACUGGUUUUGCAGCGUUUAGCCGACGCAAAUAUUAGAAUUAAUGAGAGCAAAAGUGAAUUCAUGAAGGAUUCUAUACAUUAUUGCGGUUAUAAGAUUGACAAAAACGGGGUGCAUAAGUCGGCUGACAAAAUGGACGCGAUUGAUCAGAUGCCCCGGCCAAGCAACAUUUCAGAAUUGCGAUCUUUUUUGGGUAUGAUUAAUUAUUACGGUCGUUUUAUUAAGAAUUUAAGUACAAUAUUAGCUCCAUUACAUGUGUUAUUGCAAAAGGGAGUUGUUUUCAAAUGGACUCGGGAAUGCGAACAAGCAUUUCAAUUAGCAAAAGAAAAUUUUAAGAGUAACAUGAUACUAGCACAUUUCGAUUCGAGGUUGCCGUUGAUUUUAGCGACGGACGCCAGCCCUUAUGGGGAUUUGCCAGUCUCGAUGGAGAGUUUAGCUCGGGCUACACAGGAAGAUGUUCAGCUAAAAAAAAUUAUAAACGCAUUAUGUGGGAAAAAGGAAGUACCGGCGAAAUUACGGUUCAAUAUUAAUCAGGCAUCAUGUAGUAUACAAAAAGACAUUCUUUUUUGCAACGGAAAAGUGGUUAUACCGCACUCUUUACGUGAUCGGUUGCUUAAAGAACUACAUAAAAGUCACUUUGAUAUUGUCAAAAUAAAAGCAUUAGCGAGAUCGCUGUUUUGGUGGCCGGGAUUAGACAAAUCCAUCGAGAAAUUGGCAGAGAACUGUAGCAUUUGUAAUACGUACCGUAAUGAUCCACCGAAAGUGGAAGUUCAUGAGUGGGAACCUACUAAGGCACCAUUUGAGAGGGUUCAUGUAGAUUAUGCAGGUCCGUUUAUGGGCACAUAUUUCUUUUUAAUGGUAGAUGCUUUCUCUAAAUGGCCGUUCGUUUUCGUCAUGAAGGAUAUCACGGCAAGGAGUACUAUUGAGAAAUGUAAAGAGAUUUUCAUGAAUUUCGGUUGUCCGGAGAUAAUGGUCAUGGAUAAUGGCCGAAGCUUUCGCUCAUCUGAAUUUUUACAAUUUCUAGCUAAUAAUAAUAUUACGCCUAAGUUUACAGCCGCUUAUCACCCAGCCACAAAUGGUCAGGUGGAAAGAUUUGUCCAGACAAUGAAGAACUCUUUGCAGAAAAUGUGUGCAGAAGCAAGAAACAAAAAAAUUGUUUUAGAGGAAAUUUUGCGUGACUUUCUAAUACAGUAUCGAGUAACUCCACAUUGUGUCACCGGAGUUGCUCCGGCGGAAUUAGGCAGAACUUUACAAAUAGCAAUGCAGGACAGAAAGUCCGGAAAUUCUCAAUUAGAAGAUGGUCGAGUGUGGGAGCGACACGUGGACCAAAUUCUUGGUUCAAAAGAAUCUGGAGUUCAUCCGGAGAAUUCGUACAAUCAAUUGGAUUCAGGAGAAUCAGAAAUACCAGGGAUGCCGGAUCAAGAAACAACAUCGCAAGAAGAGAACCACACAAAUGAAACAUCAGCUGAACCGAAUGAAAGACAGCCAUCCCCAGCAGUGGAAACAAGUACACCAGAGCUAGCUGGGGGACGGCAGAAGGAAUUGCCAGCACGUAGGCGAGUACCGCCGGCUUGGGUUGCAGACUUUUGGAUGGGCCAACCUAGAAAGUAA